GCACUCGGGAUUGGCCCGUCGGGAGUCGUCUCCCGUCGUGCACCGGGGCACCGACGACUCACCCGGAAGGAGAAGCCGGGUUUCGGGCUAGCUGGUGGUGGGAGGCUGGCGGUAUCGCUGUGCGGAGUUGACGGUGAUUUCAGGUGAGAGGAAGAGCGGAUUGCAGAUGCACAAAAAGAUGGAACAGAGCUGACACACAGCUUGUGCAGACAGAGCUUGCUCCAACACCUAUGUUUUCUUCUGAUGGGCUUUUGGUGUAGGAUGUUGGAGAACCAAGAGCAGGAGGAGGUGAUCACGGUGCGUGUUCAGGACCCGCGUGUGCAGAAUGAAGGCACCUGGAAUUCGUACGUGGAUUAUAAGAUAUUCCUCCAUACAAAUAGCAAGGCCUUUACCGCCAAGACGUCCUGUGUGCGGCGGCGCUACCGGGAAUUUGUGUGGCUGAGGAAGCAGCUUCAGAGAAACGCGGGCUUGGUGCCUGUACCUGAACUUCCUGGGAAGUCCACUUUCUUUGGCAGCUCGGAUGAGUUCAUUGAGAAGCGACGGCAAGGUCUACAGCACUUCCUGGAAAAGGUCUUGCAGAGCGUGGUCCUUCUGUCCGACAGCCAGUUGCACCUCUUCCUGCAAAGCCAGCUCUCAGUGCCCGAGAUUGAGGCCUGUGUCCAGGGUCGAAGCUCCACGACGGUCUCUGAUGUCAUUCUCCACUAUGCUAUGUCAAACUGUGGCUGGGCUCAGGAGGAGAGGCAGAGUACCUCCUGCCUGGCUAAAGGAGACCAGCUUAACAGUUGCUGCUUUAUACCAAGACCAGGGAGGAGAAGCUCUCCCUCACCACCUCCCAGUGAAGAGAAGGAUUGCGUAGAAGUGUGGAUUCCAGUGGUCGACUCUGAGGGUACAUCCCUGGAAAGUUCCACAUUGCCACUUCUCUCCUCACCGUCGUGCUGUGACUUGGUCAGACCUGAUGACAGACCUUCUGUGCCCCAGCAUGUGAGGACAGCCAUGGGAGGGGAUCAUGCUGUGCCUUUUGACCCUGGCCAACUGGAUACAGUGUGGAAACAAUGAGCUCUUCUCUGAGCUCUAUGCCUCCUUUGAUGUGCUGGACAAGAUGCAGGCCAGGGGACACAUUCAUGUGGCAUUGGGCACAGGGCAGAUUUAGGGCAAGUUGGGCUGCUUAGCAUCUUAACAGUCACCUCUGCUCAGGUUGGUUGUGAUUACCUGUCAUGCCUCCUCCGUGGGAACAGACACCGUGCAGGUGUUUGUAAGUUCAGCAUAAGGCCCAGAAGCUGUUGGUCUUAAAUAGAAAUGGUAUUUACUAUCCCAGGAGUUGGAUUUCUUCAGGAUUUGUUGUAGACUCAGGAGCACUGCUCAGGUGAUGGGUUGAGGGAACCUGUGAUAUGGCAGAUUCCCAGCUACCUACCACGUGGGAUAUUGUCUCAACAGAAAGCUUGUGUGGCUGCAUUCCCAUGUUGGCAGGCUUCAGUUUUUACUGCGGCCCUGAGCACUUUGUGGGAGGCUGGCCUCUCGCCUUCCUCCUUGUAUGGCGAGGGCAGUGAAUACUUACUCCCAGCGCCUUGCUUUUCCUCUGCGCGUACCCCUGAGCAGAGCUAGUGCUGGGACUCCUGUUACUGGGGCUUCCAGGGGUGUCUCUCAAGGCUUCAUUCGGGUUAAGCGGGGCCUGAGGUCUGCGUGCAGUUCAAGGCCAUCCGUAGAGGGCAGUGGCUGGCCAGAGCCAGAGGCACCGGAGCAGCUCCCGGGCUGUGUGUGGCAGGGCCACUCCUGGGCUGUCCCUGUCUUUUGCAUACAAAGUAGAGCUAGCAGUUGUAGAUUCUGUGCUGCAGGAUUAAGACGGGUUCCUUGCUUUUUAAAAAAAAAUUUUUUUUUCUUCUUUAGUAACAGCUCCUUCCCUCCCCUGAGGGCCUCAGCCACAGUGUCCCUCUGCUGGAUGGCGGGGAGGGGAAACCGUAUGUUCAGUCCAGUGCAGCACCAGGCUUUGUUUCUGCCUGGAAGAGAGGGCUCUGGGGAUGGAGAUGAGGAACAACAUGUCUUCCUUCAGACAAUGAGGCGUUCUGCCCCCCUGCUGCUGUUAUUCCUCUCUGUGGUGAGCAAAGCUGUGAGCCGAGCCAGAGCUGGGAGGAGCCCGCGUCUCCUAUGCAAAGGCCCAUGCCUUGCUGUGCCCUUAGGUUUGACUGUGUGCUUCUCUACCUUUCUUGCCACCACCCUUAUCCACCCUGUCUGUGGGCACUUUGACUAUCAGUCUGUGUUGUGGGACUGUAAUGGCAUUUAGUUCAGAGUUGAGGGGCUUUGGCCUGAAAUAAAACGCAAGUAUUUAA